AGUAGCUCGUCACUAGCAUGCUCUGAGCAGGAAGAGGCUGAUACACUGCUUUAGAACGCCAAUGUAUCAACUGCAGUACCCGAUUGUAUCAGGUAGUACUUUUAGCUUUAACUUUGUUGCAUUGAGGCUUGGCAGUAGUCUGACACUGGGGAUUCCGACAACUUCGAACACCGCAGUGAUCGCACUUCAGCUGCCAUCAAAAAGAACUGAGUGAGAUUUUUGAUUCCGACGUCUUUGAACGCAGUGGCAGAGUUUCCAACUGCCAUAAGAAAGAACCGAGUUGAGUUCGGGGAUUCCGUUGACUUUGAACGGAGCGGUGUACGGCUUCAGCCGCCGUCAGAAAAAAAACUUGAGUUCUGAGAUUCCGACGACUGUGAACGCAGCAGCUGCCAUCAGUCUUCCUCGUGAGCAUCGAUGAAGUUCUCUCAAAGAUGGCGGACUUCCUGCCGUCCCGCUCCGUUUUAUCUGUCUGUUUCCCUAACUGUCUCCUCACAAGCGGCGAGGCAGAGCAGUUACGGAAAUCUAAGGAGAUAGACAAGUGCCUUGUUCGAGAUAAGACAUACGUUAAAAGGCUAGUUAAAAUCCUCUUGCUUGGAGCAGGGGAGAGCGGCAAGUCUACUUUCCUCAAGCAGAUGCGUAUCAUCCAUGGGCAGGACUUCGAUCAAAGGGCCAAAGAAGAAUUCAGAGCUACAAUUUAUAGCAAUGUUAUUAAAGGUAUUAGAGUGUUAGUGGAUGCUCGAGAGAAGCUGCACAUCCCAUGGGGCAACUUGUCUAAUCAGCGACAUGGAGAUAUGUUGAUGGCCUUCGACACCAGGGCUAUGAUGGCGCAUGGCCAUGGUCUGGUCCAGCCCAAGGUUUUUCAGCACUACCUGCCAUCCAUCCGGGCCCUGUGGACUGACCAGGGAAUCCAGACAGCCUAUGACCGUCGCAGAGAAUUCCAAUUAGGGGAGUCAGUGAAAUAUUUCCUGGACAAUUUGGAAAAGCUCGGACAGUCGGACUACCUCCCCGGCCAACAGGACAUUCUCUUGGCCCGAAAGCCCACCAAGGGUAUCCACGAGUACGACUUUGAGAUCAAGAAUGUGCCUUUUAAAAUGGUGGAUGUUGGCGGUCAGCGUUCUGAGAGGCGACGAUGGUUUGAAUGCUUCGACUCUGUCACGUCCAUCCUUUUUCUUGUCUCCUCCUCCGAAUAUGACCAGGUUCUAAUGGAAGAUCGGCAAACCAAUCGACUUAGUGAGUCCCUCAACAUCUUUGAGACCAUCGUCAACAACCGAGUGUUCACCAACGUUUCCAUCAUCUUGUUCCUGAACAAGACUGACUUGCUGGAGGGUAAGGUGAGGCAGGUGUCCAUCAAAGACUAUUUUCCAGAAUUCUCAGGCGACCCUACCAGCCUGUCGGACGUCCAAAACUUCUUGGUGGAAUGCUUUCGUAAAAAGCGACGGGAGCAGCAGCAGAAGCCACUUUACCACCAUUUCACCACAGCGAUCAAUACUGAGAACAUCCGCUUGGUGUUCCGUGAUGUCAAGGACACAAUCCUGCAUGACAACCUCAAGCAGCUAAUGUUGCAGUGAGAGGAAGGUCAUGUAGGAAAAGGGGGAGGAGAAUGAUGGAUGUGUGGAGACGGACAGACUUUGGUGGUAGGAUGUCUUGGUCCUGUCCACCAGCAAGCCUGCGAGGGGAACAGGUCACCUUCCUUCACCCAUCCACAACUCCCUCCCUGACAGUGACCAUCGUGUCUUCUUAAGGACUUUGAAUUCUAAAUGGAAGCCACCACUACUAGCAACAAUCCCCAUUGCUUUCUAUCUGCCUUACUGAGCAUAUACACUGUGACACUGCCCAACAUGUACCCUUCCAACCACUGGAAUGACCUCUGACCACACGUUUGGGGCGUCGCAAUGGCCAUCAAGGGAGUCAAAUGGGAGACUUGUUUCAUCUUGGUGUGGCAUCGGAACUGUCCCCAGGUCCCGCCUUUUCAAAAGCACAUCUUCUCCAUGUGUAUUUUGGCAAAGUAAUGUUCAUUCCUUGCUUCAUGUCUGUCAGUUUGAAUGAACAUUUAGAGACGUGUUAAAUUAUAUAUAGGUUCGCAGGAACCACCAAAUUAUGAAAAAUGUGACUUACUGUAUACUUUGGAAAAUAUGGCAAAAGGAAUUCUAAUCAUUUAGUUUGUCUUUCUAAUAUGAUAUACGUAGCUUUGCAUGCUGCGUUAAUGUUAAGUGAUUGACACUUGGAUUCGUAACUACUGUAGGACUUAAUUCAGUUUUACGCAAACUUGUAAAACUUGACGGCAUUUCUCAAUUGCUGUAGCUCGCCUUAAUUGUGAUUUGAAGCUAGCCCCAUAUCUUCCAUUCUCAUGAAUCCGUUGUCAGCUUCCAUCCCUGCGUAAUCACCGACGUCCUUAUGUGUGAAUUCUGGAUGAAUUCAUAUCAUCUACAUUGCAUGUGCAGGUAGAAACCAUGAUGGACAGUGCAGGUAUGGACAUAUGGGUCCUUUGUCUGGGGUGUCUGUACUGGACAAAUGUAGAUCUAUGAAGAACAAUGAAAGUAAUUCUAUAUCUCCAUUUGACAAAAACUCAUCCUAAGGUUGAGUACAAUCUCUUUCAAAACAAUGUUUCUCACUGGAAAAGGAAGAUUGAAAUAUAUCCUUAGUCGAGCUCUGCCAAUCACGAGACACCUUCUAUUACCUGUACAAUGUUUUAGUUUUGUUUUUUUAAUACAUUCCACUUUCCUUUUAUUAUUGAUGUCAACAUGGGCUAAUCAUAUUGUGCCAAGCAGCCACAACAGAGAUAUGUUUACCAAUUCCGUUGCUAUGCUAACCCUCAUGUCGCAAUAAAUUCAAGGAUGUAU